UUCAUUAUAGUCUGAUAUCCUCGAAGGGUAUUUUCGGCAUUUUCUCAGACGUGCUUCACUUCGCGAGGGAAUGCAAUCAAUCCUGCAGUUGUGCGGAGUCUCUGUGUCAUUUUGGAGGGACAUGGGCACUCCGUUUUAGAAGCAUGCAGCGUCUUCGGUUCUUGACGAGAAAAUAGAUACUACGUCUUAAACAAGGGAGAGGUGCCGAAAAGGGUCCAGGAUAGCGUCGAUGGCGACGACCAUGUUGAAGUUUCAACCUACUGUGAUUCCAAAGGUUGGAGUUUUGAGGAGAAUCAGUCACAAUGUACAUAUGGUCGCCGACAUUAAAAGCAUCAAGUCUUUGUACUCCACUAAGAUACAGUUAUUACAUUCUUCUGAGCAAAACGCUUCCAGACAUGUUCAGCUUACUGCUAAUGCAGUUGGUUCAGGAUUAGAAGGGUCAAUAGCCGAUGCAAAGGGAAAUGAUUUAAUCUUGAGAGAUGCCAAAGUAGUUUUGGAGUCUCGCGAUGAUGACAAGAUACAUGUAAGAAUUGACUUGACUGGGGAAUCAACUCAGAAAGUGUAUGAUGAUGUUUUAACGAACUUGGCUCGUACGGCACCACCCAUUCCUGGAUUUCGAAGGAUGAAAGGAGGAAAAACAUCAAAUGUUCCGAAGAACUUUCUUCUGAGUAUUCUCGGUGAAGAUCGUGUUACCAAGUUCACCAUCCAAGAAAUCGUCAGUGCAGCAACCGCUGAUUACGUCAAGAAGGAGAAUUUGAAUGUGAAGAAUAGCUUCAGUACGACACAGAGUGCAGAAGAACUUGCUGCCUCCUUCAAGCCCGGUCAGGAGUUUGGGUUUAAUGCGGCGAUAGAGCUUGAAAAGUCAGACACUGAAACAAACCAAGCGGCCACUUCGUAGUAGCAACAAUGACUGUUUCAGUAGAAACUCUUUCGCUCUGUGAGUGUCUAUGCACGCCUGUGUAUCUGGUUCUGUGGCUGGUACAGUUGAAUUCCAGGCUCGAGCCAACUUAUUUACAGAAGUAAUGCACUGGUUCAGAAAACGAUGGAAUUUUAUUGAGUCGAGCACUUGGAACAUGGAUGUGAUGCAAAAGGUAUUUCAAAAUACAUGUACAGCUCAACUGAAUGAGCCGUGCAUGUCUAAUAGGAGACAGCUUAUUAUUGUGUUCAUUUUGUA